AUGAAGAGUCAUCAAGAGCCCCGUUCAGGCUCUUCCUGUGCAGCCUGCAAGUUGUUGAAGCGAAGGUGCACUCCUACUUGCCAAUUUGCACCAUAUUUCCGGUCCGACGAGCAGAAUAAAUUCGCAAAGGUACACAAGGUGUUUGGAGCAAGUAAAGUGAGCAAGAUCCUAAACGAGGUGCCGGAGGAGCAACGGGAAGAAGCCGUACACAAGGUGUUUGGAGCAAGUAAAGUGAGCAAGAGCCUAAACGAGGUGCCGGAGGAGCAACGUGAAGAAGCCGUGAAUACGCUCGGUUACGAAGCGGACAUGCGCCUCAGUGACCCCGUUUACGGUUGCUUCGGGGCGAUAGCUUCGCUGCAGAAGAAGAUGGUAGAGCUUCAACAUGAUCUGAUUCUUGCUAGAGCUCGUCUUGCCUAUUAUGUUGAUCAGACUGUUUUGUUUUCGGAUGAUGGAGCCAAUAUGUACUGCCCCGGGAUAGACAUGGUAGAGGCCUUCAGCGGCCAGGAUUGCUUGUCAUUUGAUCCACAGCGCCAAGAAAAAACCAACUACGUAGCGGCAUCAUACUACCACACAGUAGCAAACAAAACGACCACCAUCACCACACUAGAUCCAAUAAAAUCCACAAUCAAACCACAGUCACCGUCAUCACCUUUAAACCCAUCUAAAAAAUCCACCACCAUACCUUCAGAAGUCAAGCAGGCAAGAAGCAACCAAACCACAAACCGCCGCCAUUGGAUGAAUACCUCAAAUUGCCAGCCGGGUCGAAGGCGGCGAGAGAGAAAGGGUUUGGGGUCGCGCCGCGCUGCUGAAAAUGCUACAGAUUCUGGGUCGCACUGUGCCGUUUCGUCGGUGGCUGACUGUGAGGGGCUGUCGCUACUGGGUUGGGGCGAUGGGGACUACAAAGGCGAAGAGAAUAAAGUGAAACGGAAAACGACGGCGUCACAGAUCGAGCAAGAAAACAGAAAAAAAGUGUAG